AUGUCUCCUAUUUCUGAAAAAUAUAAGAUUGAUCUUUAUUAUGAUGUCAUUUCCCCUUACGCAUGGAUUGCUUUUGAGUCUCUUCUUCGUUACGAAAGUAUCUGGCCGAUAGAGGUGAAUUUAAAACCGUUUUCUCUUAAAGGAAUUAUGGAAUCUAGUGGUAACAGACCUCCUGGCCUUGUGCCAGCAAAAGGAAUGUACAUGCUAAAAGACAUCCAGAGGAACAAUGAAUAUUGGAAUUUGAAGUUGAAAGCUCCAAAGGAUUUCAUGAAAUGGAUCAAAACGAAAACCAGUGACACCGCCAUGAAGCUGUUAUUGAUAGUGCAAAGGGAUCAACCCGGUAUGUAAAU